GUGAUGCGGAGAGCUGCCUGUUCAGACAACAGACACGCGAGGUCAGGGAGAAGCCGCUUAUAAAUUACUGCUUCCUCCGCGCCGCUGCCAGCGUCGUGCUUCGGGACCUGGCUGCAGUCGAGCUCCCGUGCCCAGCCGCCAACGCCGCGAUCGCCGCCUGUCCCGCCAGUCCCGCCAGUCCCGGGCCAUCCGCCGCGGCCGCGGGCUUAGCAACCCAGGUGCAGAGCCAGCCCCACAGCCUCUUCAGAGGAGCCUUUCAAGUCCAAGCAGUAGCUGGUGUUAGGCACCAUCUUGUAGCCCUGGAAGCCGCUGCCACCGCCACCCGCUGCACCAACGUCCGUCAUCCUGACAGAGUUAGAUAUGAAUCCCGUGCACCCAGAAAACGAGAAAAUGGCCACCAAAGAGAAGCUGCAAUGUCUGAAAGACUUCCACAAAGACAUCCUGAAGCCUUCUCCAGGGAAGAGCCCCGGCACACGGCCUGAGGAUGAGGCUGAGGGGAAGCCCCCUCAGAGGGAGAAGUGGUCCAGCAAGAUUGACUUUGUGCUGUCUGUGGCCGGAGGAUUCGUGGGUUUGGGCAACGUCUGGCGUUUCCCAUACCUCUGCUACAAAAAUGGUGGAGGUGCCUUCCUCAUACCGUAUUUUAUUUUCCUGUUUGGGAGCGGCCUGCCUGUGUUUUUCCUGGAGGUCAUCAUUGGCCAGUACACCUCAGAAGGGGGUAUCACCUGCUGGGAGAAGAUCUGCCCCUUGUUCUCUGGCAUUGGCUACGCAUCCAUCGUCAUCGUGUCCCUCCUGAAUGUGUACUACAUUGUCAUCCUGGCCUGGGCCACAUACUACCUAUUCCAGUCCUUCCAGAAGGAGCUUCCCUGGGCCCACUGCAACCACAGCUGGAACACACCACAGUGCUUGGAGGACACCCUGCGUAGGAAUGAGAGUCUCUGGCUCUCCCUUAAGGCCACCAACUUCACCUCGCCUGUCAUCGAGUUCUGGGAGCGUAAUGUGCUCAGCUUGUCCUCUGGAAUCGACCACCCAGGCGCUCUGAAAUGGGACCUUGCGCUCUGCCUCCUCUUAGUCUGGCUUGUCUGUUUUUUCUGCAUCUGGAAGGGUGUUCGAUCCACAGGCAAGGUUGUCUACUUCACCGCCACUUUCCCGUUUGCCAUGCUUCUGGUGCUGCUCGUCCGUGGACUGACCCUGCCAGGUGCUGGUGAAGGCAUCAAAUUCUACCUGUACCCUGACAUCAGCCGCCUCGAGGACCCACAGGUAUGGAUUGACGCCGGAACCCAGAUAUUCUUUUCCUAUGCCAUCUGCUUGGGGGCCAUGACCUCACUGGGAAGCUACAACAAGUACAAGUAUAACUCUUACAGGGACUGUAUGCUGCUGGGAUGCCUGAACAGUGGUACCAGUUUUGUGUCUGGCUUCGCAAUUUUUUCCAUCCUGGGCUUCAUGGCACAAGAGCAAGGGGUGGACAUUGCUGAUGUGGCUGAGUCAGGUCCUGGCUUGGCCUUCAUUGCCUACCCGAAAGCUGUGACUAUGAUGCCGUUGCCCACCUUUUGGUCCAUUCUGUUUUUUAUUAUGCUCCUCUUGCUUGGACUGGACAGCCAGUUUGUUGAAGUCGAAGGACAGAUCACAUCCUUGGUUGAUCUUUACCCGUCCUUCCUAAGGAAGGGUUAUCGUCGGGAAAUCUUCAUCGCCAUCGUGUGUAGCAUCAGCUACCUGCUGGGGCUGACGAUGGUGACGGAGGGUGGCAUGUAUGUGUUUCAACUCUUUGACUACUAUGCAGCUAGUGGUGUAUGCCUUUUGUGGGUUGCAUUCUUUGAAUGUUUUGUUAUUGCCUGGAUAUAUGGCGGUGAUAACUUAUAUGACGGUAUUGAGGACAUGAUUGGCUAUCGGCCUGGGCCCUGGAUGAAGUACAGCUGGGCUGUCAUCACUCCAGCUCUCUGUGUUGGAUGUUUCGUCUUCUCUCUUGUCAAGUAUGUACCCCUGACCUACAACAAAGUCUACGUGUACCCGGAUUGGGCAAUUGGGCUGGGCUGGGCCCUGGCCCUUUCCUCCAUGGUGUGUAUCCCCUUGGUCAUUCUCAUCUUCCUCUGCCGGACGGAGGGACCGCUCCGCGUGAGAAUCAAAUACCUGAUCACCCCCAGAGAGCCCAACCGCUGGGCUGUGGAACGUGAAGGGGCCACACCCUUCAACUCCCGCUCCCACAUGAACGGCACGCUCAUGAAACCCAGCCACGUCAUUGUGGAGACCAUGAUGUGAGGUCCGGGUCAUGCCACGGGCGCCGCUUUCCUGCUGUUUACUAACGUUAGAUUCUCAUAGGACCAGGUUUACAGAGCUUUAUAUUUGUACUAGGAUUUUUUUUUUAAUUGUCACAGAAAAUGUUACUCUAUGUGUAUGUGUGUGUGUCACGUAUAUGUCUGUAUAUGUGUAUUUUGUUUUAAUUCGGGGGACAUUUUGUACAAAAAGAACCCACGGGCCUAAGUCCUGGGGAGAGGAUGGACUUUCUUAUUGAUUUUGAUGUAUUUUAUGGGAACUUGGUAAAAUUUUCAUUGUAUUUUUUUUUAAACAUAGAACUAUAUAUACUUAGAGUCUGUCGUACACUUUACCACUUGAAAUGGUUUUGCCAGCAAUGGAUCUCAUUUUCAAAAGCAAUUCUUCGGUGCUUAUAUAGCUGGCAGAAAGUUCUGCCCAAAAACAAACAAAAAAAGAAAGAAAAAAAAACCUAAAUGCUGGGUGGAAUUUUUUUCUAUGAUGGUGGUUACAUCUUCAAGCAAGGUUUAGUCCCUUCUGGGCUGGUUCAGGAGGAAGAAUACAGCUGAGGAGAGGGAGCCCCCCACUAGCUGAACAGACCUGAGGGGCAGGAGAAAGCAGGGCUGUGGGGAGAACCCACAAGAAAGAUGCCAAAAUAAUAGCCCCACCCUCAGCAUGAAGGAUUGAGCCUAAGAGCAGCUGAAGCUAUUGUACCAGGGCCAAACCCCUCCCUUUUAUUUUGAAGUAGAGGGUGGGUAGUCAGUGGGGUUGUCUGAACCACCAUGGGUCUUAGAGGCAGGAAUGGGAAGUCUGAAUGGCAGAUGAGAAUGAGGCUGGGAAGCCUCAGCAGGCUUAGACAGAAGCCUCAGCCUUUCUGGCGCAUUCAACACAGUCGCCCGAGGCCAGUCCACAGGAGCUGCCAGGGCACACACAAGAAGGGGCUGUUGUAUUUGAAUGGAGUCAUGGUGGGUGGGGGUCAGGGCGUUCCCCAAGCAGAAUACAUUUUGGUGAGGGCCUGGAGAGAAGUCAGUGGACCAAAGGAUUUUAGUAGCUCAGGAGGGUGAGUGUACCCCAGACUGGCAAGUGUACCCCAGGAGGAUACUUUCCUCCCUUGCCUCAUGACAAACCCUUGUUAAAGAUGCCACCCUAGAGCCAUCCAGCUCCAGGCACAGAAUGCUCGGAGUGGCUAUAGAUGCUGGAUCUUAAAGGAUUUAAGUUCGAUUACAGAGCCAACUUGGUAGUGACCUCAGAUCUUGUUCCCAAGCCACUGCCGUGACUGUUGGGCAGGUGUUUGCCCCCAGAGAGAAGAGAAGGGGAAAUUUUGUAGGUUGAGGUUGUCUCCACAGAGAGGCUGCCAAUGCCCCAGAGCUGGCUGACCUCAGGCAGGGCUGUGUCCUUCUGAACCAGGAGAGGGCGCUACACCUUCACCCCCAGCCUCCACUGGGCCCAACUGUGCCAUCCUGAACCUCUUUGACAAAUGUACACAUUUCUCUGUCUCCAAAGCAAUGUACUCUGCCAAGUGACCCUCCAGUCCUCUUCCAGUGGUUGUUCAGUCAGCCACCCGUGAUUCUACCGUGUUCCUGUUGUCCUGUGUAUUUCUUGUGUUCUUCUGUGUGUUGGAGUUCCCCCCGCCCCCGAUUUUACCAAUUUGUAAUGUGCCCUGUUUUGUUUUGUUUGUUUGUUUGUUUGUUUUAUGGAACCUUAAAAGUAACCACUGUGGGUAAUUGAAGACAGGUGAAGUGUAAGGGAGAGGGGGGCUUGUCCAGCGGCGGCAGCGUCUGUGGUCAUGCCCGUCUACCGCUCCCUUCCGCCAGGCACGCCAUUCUGGCGAGCCUUCAGUAUUUUGGGUUGGCAGACAGAUGACACCAUUCUGGAAAUGGCCUGAGAAAGGUCUUUUUAUCAUUCCCAGAUCAAAAAAUUCUAGACCAAAGACAUAGCGGGCCAAGUCCCCAGGCCCCGCCUGGAUGGAAGGCCAGCCGCCUCCUGAGCCCACUCCCCAACAGUAUCCCUGCACCUGUCUUCAAUGCCCACCACUGUCAUCCCUGGCCCUGAUAGCCCUCGUUGUGAUGUUUGUCUUUCCAUGUCUGCAUGUAAGGAACAUUUUGAAGUAGAGCUCGUGAUUCUGGUCCGCCUGCCUCUUGGAGAGAGGGCUAAGCGGUCCCCCACCCAGCCCUUGCCUGGGACAGGUCAGGUGUGUCCGGCCUGUCAGCUGUGGGCAGGACACAAUGCUGGAUUUAGAUGAGGACCAGGGUGGACCCAAGAGGACUCUCCUGGGAGAUGUUAUUUGGUCCCAAGACUGUUAGCCCCUGAGUGGAGGAUCCCUUCUGGGCACUGUGGACAGUCCCAGGGGGCCCUCAAUCCAAGGCACUUUUUGUAAACAGAAAAACCAAGGCCUAGAGCAGGAGAGACUUGCAUGUGAGCUGAGUGGAACUGGAUAAUUGAGUCAUUUGUAGCUCCAGGAUCUCCAAGGUAUGGGCAGAAGGAAAGCGGAACCGGGCAUUGGCUAAGAACCCCCAGGCCUUUCUUGUCAACCAAAGGCCAGACUGAUACGGGCCCCUGUCCAUGCUCAUGGAGCAGAGAGCCGACCCCACUUCCACCCAUCCUUACUCCUGCUCACCCCAGCCCCAUGCUACCCUUCCUUCCUCCCCAAAGCCUUUAGGAGCUAGGAAUUGAUACCUACCCCCUAACUUGUACCACAGGAAACUGAGGGCCAAAGUCAGCACUAGUGAGAAGGGCCUGAGGCAUGCUACAAUGGCAGGUCCUUGACCUCCAUGUAGCUAAGGCUAUGCAGGGAGUAGCCUGAGAAGGUUACUUUCCCUCUUGAGAAGAUGAUGGGAAGUUUCCCUCUACGCCCCUGGCCCCCAAUCCUCAUCUCCCUAACACCCGGAAAGACCAUGCAGACCAUGGCAAAACACGAGGAGAAUGCAGCAUGUGUCCCCUCUGUCCAGGAAGGGUGCCACUGCCAUGGCUGCCAGCAUUCCAGCCCUGCUCCUCUGGGCGGGGCAAUGCUCUAGGCAACCAGUCGAAACGGGCACCAGUCUUGAUCCUCUCUCCAAGACGCAGACACCAGCCAGGAAGGCAACUUAGAGAAGGCCCCUCACAGUCCCCCUCAAUCCUGAGACCCCUGUCCCUACGGACACUGUAAAUACCUCUGUGUGCACACCCCUCCUUCAUCAAGUCCAAAAGCAAACCCAGAUACCCCAAGAUGGAGAGGGGUGCCCUGAAGCCAGAAGCACUGCUCCUGCCUCUCCUCCUCCAUGCUGACCUCCCAGUAGUUGGGUCGUCACAGGAAGCUGGUUUUCCAUGUUCUCUGGGAGGGUGGAGGGGUGGUGGUAGUAUCAUGACAGGCAUGUUCUGGCAUGUUCCCUGAAGGACAGAGCAUCUUGUUAUAUAUUUGGCUUCAAAAUGAAAUGGUAGCUCCACUUUUUUUUUUUUUAACCCAAUUGAUCUUUCUAAUCCCUAACAACUGUGACUCUGUAUUUAGCACAAGAGAAAGCUGAGAACGUGGGUUUUGCCUCCUUCAGAAAUAUGUCUGGCUCAUCAGGACAUUUUUUUAAAAACUUCAAAAUAUUUUUAAGAUAUUUUAAACUUUUGUAAAAAAUAAAAAACAAAAAAACAAACACGCACACACAAACACAAAACCUGAAACCAAUCAACAAGGGGAGGAGCGUUCAUGUUUGAAGGAUCCUUGGUGUGUGACCUGUCUUGCAGUAUACAAGCUCUGUGUAUUGAUGUUUAAUGACGACGACCCUGCAUUUUGCAGAGGUUCGUGUUUUUUUCCUCUUUUGCUUUUUAGAUGAAUAUGUAUAUUGAUAUUUUAAAUCCAUCUUUGCUUUUUUUAGAGGAGUUUAUAAUCACCUUGUAACACAACAAUAAACAUUUCCUUUUUAAAAUCCAA